GGGGGAGGUUGAUUGGAGAGGAUGGAGGGGGGCUCUGUAGAGGGAGGCGGAGGGAGUGCUUUACCGCAGUAUCACUAGAUUUCUGCACCACUCAUCAAAACUCUGCGGCAUGCAGACAAGAGAAGCUGGGGGGGAGGGCAGAUGCUAGAUCUUUGCUGAGUGUAGGGACGCUACCUCUUUACUGUCCAUUUUGUUUUCUUUAGGUAGGAUACUAUAAUUUAACUUCUUAGUUUAAAGACCUCUCUUCUUCUUACAGUGGAGGCACACUUAGGUCUCUCUGUCUCUCUACUGUCUUGCUAAUUGUUCAGACCCGGCGUAUUUUCCCAUUAGGGCGCGUUCAUUAGAGUUUGGGUCCUAUCUUUUAUGACAAAAUGGCAAAGGAUGGAGAAAAGAGCUCUUGGAAGGACUUUAUAUGGAACCCCAGGACGAGGGAGUUUAUGGGCAGGACGGCGAGCAGCUGGGGUCUUAUUCUUCUCUUCUAUAUAGUUUUCUACAUCUUCCUGGCUGGCCUCUUCACACUCACCAUGUACGUCAUGCUGCAGACGCUGGAUGACCACAAACCUACCUGGCAGGACCGUCUUUCCACACCAGGCAUGGUGAUUAGACCCAAAGCAGAUGAGACCUUUGAGAUUGUCUACACCAUCAAGAAAACUGAGAGCUGGGACAUGUACACUCAGGCCCUGAACAAGUUCCUGGCACCCUACAACAACACGGUCCAGACCCAGAAAAAUGACGAGUGCACCCCUGACCAGUACUUCCUGCAGGAGGACAGCGGGGAUGUCAAGAACAACCCCAAGCGCUCCUGUCAGUUCAACCGCACCAUCCUGGAGGACUGCUCGGGGAUCAACGACCGUUACUAUGGAUACCAGGAUGGCAAGCCAUGCAUCAUCAUCAAGUUGAAUCGGGUGAUUGGGAUGCUUCCAGGAAAGGAUGGACAGGCUCCGUUUGUCACCUGUGGUGCAAAGAAAGAAGAUUCCGAAAAAAUUGGACAGUUGAUGUAUUUCCCACCAAACGGCACUUUCAACCUCAUGUACUACCCUUACUAUGGCAAGAAAGCUCAGGUGAACUACUCUCAGCCACUGGUCGCCAUCAAGUUCCUCAACAUCACCACAGAUCAAGACGUCAACAUCGAGUGCAAGAUCAACGCCAACAAUAUUCCCAUCGGCAGUGAAAGGGACAAGUUUGCUGGGCGGGUGUCGUUCAAGCUGAGGAUCAACACUGGGUCCGACUAGGUCUCCCUCCCCCCACUCCCCCCUCUCCUGAAAACUACUUUCUCCAUUCUCUGCAACAUUGCCCAUAAACAGAAAGUAAUCUCAGUAUUCACACCCUUUUGUAGGAUCUGUUUACAUCCCCCUCAUUUCAGGAGGAAAGAGUUAACCGUAGUCUUGUGAAGAAGAAUAAAAAGGGUGUUAAUCCUGUCAUUGUUUCUGUCUGUGAGCUUUGGGACAAAUUCUUCUCUGUAAAUUAGUUUGAGGUGACGUCUAUUUAUACUGCAUGACCAAACGUAAAGGGGAUGUUAAAGGAUGUGAACGUGUGUUUCCAGAGUUUGCAAGGAUCAGCAACAGUACCACAUUAAUGCUGCUCCCCCUUCCUGCUGCCUCUUUACAGAGUCUCCCUCUAUAUAUGAUUAUACACAAAUUACAAUACAAAAUGUGUAUACCCACAGUAUUUAUACGGCAUCAUAACCUUAUAUCAAUAUUUUGUUGCACUUAAAAAGAAUAAUCCAACAGACUCGCAAAUAUAUCUUGAUGGAUGGAUGCAGAGAUGAUGAAGCCAUGUUGCAUGUGUAUAUUGUCUUUAGUGCGCUAUGAAGGGCAGGAGGCCCCACGUGUCACACCUCUCUGCUCAGUGUGAAAAACAGAUAAAUUCAACCACUGACCACCAGGAGGGACCAUGCUGUAACAGAACACAAACAUCAGACCGGAUAGGCAUUUCCUCCAAAAAGAGAAGGAGUUACAGGAGAGCUGAAAACCUUUAAGAAUGAGUGUGUGUGUGUGUGUGUGUGUGUGUGUGUGUGUGUGUGUGAGAGAGAGAGAGUGUUUGUAUGUGUGCUCCAUUCAUUCACAGGUCCCAUUUCAUACUGUAGGUCGGGAAGUUGCAUGCAAUGUGCAAUAUUCAUUACAUGGCAUACAUUAUGAAUGUGUAAAUCAACACUUAAGAUAAGGAGAUGACAAUGAAGUAAUUAUUAACUUGGCUCAUUUGAUAUUCAGCCUGUUUUUUUGUUUUUUUUUACCUGAGAGCAGCUUAAAAUCACAUGCGUUUCACAUGUGGGUUGCGUUCACAGACACCAGUGAUGCCAAAUGACAUUAUAAUACAUCUGUCAUGCUUCAUUUAGGUCUUUUAUAUAUACAGCUCUUCUUUAACCUUACUAAAUGUUUUAAGGUUAAAUUAAAGUCUUACAACAUCAUACUAGGUUUGCAAAAACUUGACUUUUUUGCACCUGAACGCAUCAUGUUUUAAGUCAAACCAGUUCAACCACCAGGUAAAAACAACAUCUGAAUAUCAAACCCGCCCCUCACUGAAAAUAACUCUAUAAUCACAGUCAUGGUGUCUACCUGUUUAGAUUUUUAUUUGUGUGUGUGUGUGUGUGUGUGUGAAAAUGCAUCUAUUUCAUAUGUAUCAGAAAUAGAUGCUGUUGUCAUGUUUUGUAUUGAAUUGCACUGAAAGUGUGCUUUUUUUCCUCUUUUUUUUGUGAAUCUGAGUUGAACUAACUCAUGUACAGUUUUUGAGGAGAGUGAUGUAGAAUGUUUGUUCUCUCUGUUUUCAUUCAUACUCAUUAUCAAACUUUGAAAUAUCAAAAUGUAUAGUUCAAAGGUUCUUUUAAAAGCUGAUUAGAGUCUUAAACAUGUGAGUUUGUCCAUUAGAGUUCAGUUUUAUAGGCCUGUAGGAUAAUAACAAAAGUGGAGAUUUUACUUCCUUGACCACAUAGAAAAGGUUUUUUUUCAUGUGAUUUAUUUGUUGUAGUUUUUCCACUGUUAUAUGGAUCAGUCUGAACGUACAGCCAUCAUGAUAACAAGGAAACCAGUCUGAAAGAAUCUUAGAUUAGUCAUGAGUUUUGGUGCUGAAGCUGUUUACUGUUCACUCUGCAGUCUCAGGCACACAGUCCUGUAAGAAACACCUGCAAGUACUGGCAGGAGAAAAUCAGUGGAGUCACACUUUUUCCAAGUCGGGCACGGUAUUCUAUCACAUAAUGACGACUGUGAACCUGUAAUAUCACCACAGCUAAUAUGGCAUCUGUUCACUCACGUUACAGCCUGGCUCUACUCCACAGUUUUAUUUUUCUCAGUAUCUCUCAGUCUGCUUGCAGAUAUCUCACGCCGCUCUAAAUGGGACUUCAUGUCUGAUGCAGAUUGGACAAAGAGAGACAGAAAGACUAUGAGAUGUAAUGUGAUUAUCUGAUCUAUAUCAGGAUAGUCAUUCUCAAUGAAAUAUGUGAUCCAACCGUCACCAGAUUUUUUUUUUUUUUUGUAUUUUUGCUUUUUGAGACAGUCCACUGACCAGUUCACAUGCAUUUCUCCUCUGGCAUUCCUGCAACACUUACUUAAUUUCUCUGUAAUCUCUUAAUCUGGUCGGCUAAUCCAGAGCAGGCACGCUGAACUUCUUCACCCUACUUUGCUCCUCCUCCGCUUCUUCCCUCCAAUGAGCAAUGCAUUCACUCAUUCCUAUUUUAUUCUAUUUAAAUCAUCGAAGAAAGAAACUGAAGUCCAUUAAAAUCACAGUGCAGCAAAUCAAGCGUUCUGCUUCAUCACCUGAUUGGACGCGUUUGUUUUUGGCUCAUGUGCAUGUUAAGAUUCAGUCUGCAACCAAAGAUCUUCAUCUCACUUAAUUCCUUUUUAUCUUUCAGCAGCAGAUGUGAGUGAGGAUCUAGAGUGGAGAUACUGUAGGAGCCAGGUGGAGGGCUAACCACCCUGUGUUAUUAAAAGGUCUACUCUUAUAUAAUAAGAAUACGCACAAUCAGGAACAUGUUUCACUGCAACAUAACAGUGCCUCCUGGUGGACAGACAGUGUUGUUCCCCAGUGUCACAGAAUGAGUUUCCUCUUAUCUCCAUUUAUUUUUUGUCUUUAUUUUUCUCUCUCUGAUAAUUUGGAGAUGUUCUCAAAAAGCAAUAUCUUUUUUUUUUUGUGAUGUUUUUAUUAGAAACAAAAUCAGUGUGUGAUCAAGAGCAAGGACGAUGGUGCAUUCAGGCAUUUUUGUCAGAAUGCAUUAUCGUGAUGGAACAGAAUAGAAAAGUAGUGUUUUGUUUAUAAAAAAAAAAAGAAGAGUAUUUUUAUUGCUAUUUUGUUGUAAAGAGGAGAGAAUGUAUAAGCUUGGAUUGUAUAAUAUCAUGGGAGCUAGCUGGUAGGUUUUCAUCAUUUAUUUCCAUGAACGCCAAUUUGUGACCUCUUGGCUGGAGAUUUUUAUUUUCAGUGUAGAAACAUUUUUAUUGUCCCACUUUGAGUCCUUUCUACUUUCUUAAAUGGAGCUUGUGACGGUUUGCAGCGAAAGUUCCCUGAACUCAUCAGUCUGUUUUAUCCGGAAUAAGUCAUUUAAAGUAUACUAAAUGAUAAUGUUCUAAAAAGAUCCUGAAAAGGCUGUGUUUACAGAGAACUUCAGUUGCAAGAACCUUUUCAAAAACAUCCUACAACAGGGCCAGACAGAGAGAGAGAGAGUCCAUUAUUCAUUUUUUAAUUAAUGAAAAUUUUCAACAAACCUCAUUUUCCCAAACUAACCUCCCUCGUCUGAAAUCAUACUAUUGCCUAAGACUGUGGUGCACGGAUAGUUCAAGAAAGAAAUAAGUGAAAUAUAUUGAGAUACUCUCACCCAAAAAGGAUGAUAAUUCUGUUCUGGAUCUUUAUUUUUGCUCUUACUGUAUGUAUAUUUUUGCUCAUGUUUACCGCAAACCAAGAUAGAGAAAUAAAUAAAUGUCAUUUAAGGG